GCCGGCGGGUGCAGCGGAGGCGGUGAUGUCGGUGCAGGUUGUGUCAGCGGCGGCGGCGGCGGCAGCCAAGGUGCCUGAGGUGGAGCUGAAGGACCUGAGUCCGUCCGAGGCGGAGCCGCAGCUAGGACUGAGCGCCGCGGCCGUGGGCGCCAUGGUCCCCCCAGCGGGCGGCGGAGACCCUGAGGCUCCAGCUCCUGCGGCGGAGCGGCCCCCGGCCCCCGGCCCGGGCUCGGGGCCCGCCGCCGCCGCCGCUCUCAGCCCUGCCGCCGGGAAGGUGCCUCAGGCGUCGGCCAUGAAGCGGAGCGACCCGCAUCACCAGCACCAGCGGCACCGCGACGGCGGCGAGGCCCUGGUCAGCCCCGACGGCACCGUCACCGAGGCGCCGCGCACGGUCAAGAAGCAGAUCCAAUUUGCUGAUCAGAAGCAAGAGUUCAACAAACGUCCCACCAAAAUUGGGCGUCGCUCUCUGUCUCGUUCCAUUUCUCAGUCGUCUACUGACAGCUACAGCUCGGCGGCUUCAUACACAGACAGCUCUGACGAUGAGACAUCCCCCAGGGACAAGCAGCAAAAGAACUCUAAGGGGAGCAGUGACUUCUGUGUCAAGAACAUCAAACAGGCGGAGUUUGGGCGAAGAGAAAUUGAAAUUGCUGAACAAGAAAUGCCCGCACUGAUGGCUUUGAGAAAGAGAGCUCAAGGAGAAAAGCCCUUGGCUGGAGCCAAAAUUGUGGGUUGCACACACAUCACUGCUCAAACUGCUGUGCUUAUGGAAACCCUGGGUGCUCUAGGGGCACAGUGUCGAUGGGCUGCCUGCAACAUCUACUCCACUCUCAACGAAGUGGCUGCUGCUCUAGCAGAAAGUGGAUUUCCUGUCUUUGCCUGGAAAGGAGAGUCAGAAGAUGACUUUUGGUGGUGCAUUGAUAGAUGUGUGAAUGUGGAGGGCUGGCAGCCAAACAUGAUCUUGGAUGAUGGCGGGGAUCUUACUCACUGGAUUUAUAAAAAGUAUCCCAACAUGUUUAAGAAAAUCAAGGGCAUAGUCGAGGAGAGUGUUACUGGAGUCCACAGGCUAUACCAACUGUCCAAAGCUGGGAAGCUGUGUGUUCCAGCCAUGAAUGUCAAUGACUCAGUCACCAAACAGAAAUUUGACAACCUCUACUGUUGCCGUGAAUCGAUUCUUGAUGGGCUUAAAAGGACAACAGACAUGAUGUUUGGUGGAAAGCAAGUGGUGGUCUGUGGCUAUGGAGAGGUGGGGAAGGGGUGCUGUGCUGCCCUGAAAGCCAUGGGUUCCAUUGUGUACGUGACUGAGAUAGACCCCAUCUGUGCCCUGCAGGCCUGUAUGGAUGGAUUUCGACUGGUGAAAUUAAACGAGGUCAUCCGACAAGUGGACAUUGUUAUUACCUGUACAGGUAACAAGAACGUGGUAACCAGAGAACAUUUGGACCGUAUGAAGAACAGCUGCAUCGUUUGUAACAUGGGACAUUCCAACACAGAGAUUGACGUGGCGAGCCUGCGGACCCCAGAACUGACCUGGGAGCGGGUGAGAUCCCAAGUGGACCACGUGAUAUGGCCUGAUGGCAAGAGGAUAGUACUGCUGGCAGAGGGCCGUCUGCUGAACCUAAGCUGCUCCACAGUGCCUACAUUUGUGCUCUCAAUCACUGCGACUACCCAGGCUCUUGCCUUGAUAGAGCUUUACAAUGCUCCUGAGGGUCGCUAUAAGCAAGAUGUCUACCUACUGCCCAAGAAGAUGGAUGAGUAUGUGGCAAGCCUGCACCUGCCCACCUUUGAUGCCCACCUGACAGAGCUGACAGAUGAACAGGCCAAGUAUCUUGGACUCAACAAGAAUGGGCCCUUCAAGCCUAAUUACUACAGGUAUUAAGUUCCUGUAACUCAAGCCAGAAGAAGUUUUAAGGAAUCGAAGAACUCCAAGCCUUUUCUCCACCACUACACAGGAAAGAAUCCAGAAGCUGCUUCUCCCAUCAGAGCUUCCUGCCGUGCUCACCUUAUGUGUUAGGUUAUUUAUUUAUUAAAAUCUAGAACCUGUGCCUGUAGCCUUGGCCCAGAGUGUGGUUACUGCCCCAGGGCCACGGAAGCUGCACCAGACAGGCUGAGGAAGGAAAGAAAUGGGGUGAGGUUCCUAGUGCAUCAUUCACAUCCCCCCACCCCCACUGACUCGGAAUCCUCAGCAAUGGCCAUUUUUCCUCUUGUCCAGGCUCAGGAGUUAGUCCAGGGAUUCCAGACUCCUUGUUCCCUGGGGUUUUCUGGAAUACAUUUCAGCAGCUGCCUUUCUCAGCUUUGACCCUUCCCCAGGUGAAACCUUUUGGAAGCCACUAAAUGAACACAGCCUGGGUUCCUAGCCUUGACCGUCGCUGUCACUGCCUUCUUUAUAGCAGGGCCAGUAAGGAGGGAGUGUAUGACUUUGACAAGCUCUACCAAGAACUCACCUCUGCCCGUGCCUCCUUGGGGUCUGCUUCCUUAUUUCAGAUUCCUUUCCUCUCCUUGAACAUUGACUUUCAUUUUAAUGCUGUCUUGUUCUAAGAGCGAUGUGCCUCCAGUAUUUACUCAACAGCUCUGGUGUCCAGCAGACAUUUCUAACCCCACCAACCUCUGCUCAGGAAGUGGGACCAGCUCCACUGGGAACCAUAGGUUACUUCCUGACAUUGUCAAUUUACUGCUGUUUCCCAGGAAGCUCCCUUCUCUGCAGCUCAACUGGCUGAGGGACACAGAGAUGACACUAACCUGUUUCCAGAUGAUCAAAGCUAAUUGGAGCCUCAUCAGACAGUCAUCUCUUUGACCAUUGCCAUUGAUAAAGCCGAGAUCUGUAGUUUGAGCCUGCAUUUGCAGUCUUUCUUCUCUGCUGUAUCUUUUAUAAUCUGAACUCUUCCAUAUAAAGAUUAUGAAUCUCAGAGGUAGUUUCCUAAGUAACUCUAGCAUUUAAAAAAGAAAUCAGGAGAGCAGCAUGAAAUGUUAUGUUCCACUCCAAGAGUUAGAUUCCUUUUGGAGGUGGACCUGCUGGUCCACAAAGGCUCCACUGGAGUGGCCCUUAGAAUCUUGAAUUAAGUAAGUCCCUCUCCCCUCCACCAUCUCCAUUUAACACUCUCAUGUUUGCUGGUUCUCCCCCUCGCCCUGCUUUUUUUUUCCCUAAGCUGAUCUGCCUCAACGUCCCAAGACCAAGGAGACUGAAGGAAACCCCAGUUCACUCAGGAUCACCAUUGCCUUUCCUUCCAGACUCCCUCCCAUACCUCCACCGUCUCCCCGUCCCCAGUCUUCACACAGACCCUCAGAGCUCGUCUGGAAGUGACCUUACUUCUGGAGGUAGGGAGGUGCAACUCGGGUAAACGGCUGUUGGCCUCAGUGUGUAUCUCACAGGCUCAGCCCCGAGAGUCUGGCUCUUCAGAGGCCGCGUGCCUCAGAAGUAUGGGAGACAGGCCACACACGUGGCUAUGGCUAUAUCCCUUUUUAUGAGGAAGAUUUUAAAUGCUGAAAAAUCUGCCAGGCCGCUCUGCCAGUUCUUCCUUUUGCCUACCCAGUCCGAUGUGUGUGUUAAUUGGAUCCCUUUCACAAAAGAUUCAGCUCUUCAUACCUCAUCUUCUAUCCAGAGCAGAUUCCAUUAGGCACGUAUCUGGACCCUAGCCUAUUGUAUUCUUAGACCAAAAAUCAGAACCUGCUGUUUCUCAGCAAAGCCUUGCUCUCUAUGGAGCUCACUGUGUGCUGGUACUUAGAGUACAUUCUGCCUUGCUUUGGUGAAGAGAACUGUUCUGAAAAAGGAGCCGUACUGGCUUCUAAGUUGGGCUGCCAGCGUUGCUGCCCGCGGUGAGGUAUCUGCAUCUGAGUUUCAGAUGACCUCUCUUCCCCUCUCUCAGAGGACCCAUUGUCAUCAGCCCUUAAUAUGGAGGCCCAGGUCUCCUGGGUAUUUGGGUUCUAUCUUGGUGUUGGAAUCAGGUCAUUAUUCCCUGUACCCUUGGAAUCAGAGCAGGUGUCUCCAGCCUCUCACCUUAGGUGCAUCUUGUCUAGGUGUAGGCAUGGAAAGAAGGCUAAUUAUCUUUUUGUAUGCGGCCCUGGCCUGUGGGGAUGCUAUUUUCUCUACAGUGAAUUUGUGCUACUUUUCAAGGUCUUUUUUGCCUUCAUGAUGGGAAUAUUGUUUUCUUUUUCUCAUUAAAAACAUAUCUAUACCUAGUUUCCCUUCCCUAUGCCCUCUUGCCCCCUCCCCAUGUGAGCACGGCUCCCCAUGGCCACAGACUCCUGCAAAGCUUUUGUGCUGCUUGGCUUUUCUCUGAACAGAUCAGAAAUCGCUGCUCCUGUGGUUUUCUCAAAAUUAACUUUGUCAUGGUUUAAAAAAAAAAAUCAAGAUGCAUUAUUGCAUUAAGCUUUUUAAAUAAAGGAAAAUUACAGAAGGAAAAUAGGUAACACCAGCAAAUUAUAUGUGACAAGUUCUAAGCUAUAUAUACAUACAUAAAUAUAUAUAUUAAAAAUAAUCAUCUAGUGUUCAAUGUCAUCUUACUGAAAGGAGUAAAAUCGCUAAGGAAUUUUUGAGAAGCUCUUGGAAAUCUUUAUGUCUAAGUGAUUGUAUUAGAUCAGCAAUAAUGACUAUGUAAUCUCAAAAGACAAAUAAAAUAUUCUUA